AAAAUUAACUUAAAUUACUGAAAUUUAAAAGAUACUUUGUACUAUAUUAUUUACAAUAUCAAAAUAUAUUUUUUAUUUCAUAAAAAAAUUAUAAGAAAUUGUAAAAUGCGUUGGCAAAUUUAUUUAGUUUUUGAGUUUUUUUGUGUUAUUUCUUCGUUAUGCAAACCAACACAUAAAGAUACAAUGAAUGAUUCUUUUGAUUUAUUUCAAGAUUACUGCAGAAAAGUACAACCUUUACUAGAACAAGAACUUAAAAAAACGAAAAAUGAUAUUAGAGAAGCUUUAUUCAGAACGAAUAAUGAAAUUUCUAUUCAAGAAAUAAGUACUGAUGAGGGGUAUGAGAUACCUGAAAAAAUAAAGCCAAUGAUUGAGCAAAUUUUCCCAGAUUCAACAGAGAUUUAUUUCAUUAAAGAUAUCUUAAAAAACUUAAAAGAAAUUAAAGACAAGAACACAAAAAAAAUAAUAAAGAAACUGGAAAAAUUCAAUGAAAAUGAAUAUAUAAGCCUUAGAAAUUUUGUACAAAUUUCGACUAAUGAAUAUAUUAAAGUUUCAAAACUAUUGGUGGGUUUAUUCAACAAUUUCCUUAAAAGAUUUCAUUAUUUAGAUACGUCAAACACUGGUUUAAUAUCUAAAAAUGAUUUUUCAAGUGUCUUAGAAGCAGUUCUCAAGAAUAGAGAUAUCAUAAAACAUGUAUUAAAACCUUUUGAAAGUGUAAAAAAUCUGAAUUAUGAAGCAUGGUUAUUGAAAAAAAGAAAAGUAGCAUAUGAAUUGAUUAAUCCACCAAAUAAUAUGAUAGAUGAGAAUGAGGCAGAUGAGGAUGAGACAGAUGAGGAUGAGACAGAUGAGUCUGACAUAAAUGAAAUUGUGUUAUGUGAAGCACCUGACAUGGAUGAGAUUGAGACAGAUGAGUCUGAAAUGGAUGAAUUUAUGUUAGGUGAAGUACCCGAUAUAGAUGAGUUUGACAAAGAUGAGUCUGAAAUGGAUGAAUUUAUGUUAGGUGAAGCACCUGAUAUAGAUGAGUUUGACAAAGAUGAGGACGAUAAAGAUGAUGAUAAUUCUUCAAAUUCAUCAUUUCAACAGUUGUUUUCUAAAACUAAAGAAAUUUUUAAGACUUUAAAACUCUAA